GUUCAAGUGCCGAUCCUGUCCGUUUCCUUUCUCAUCGCCCCAGCCUUGAAAGUCGUGUUGGACCUAGAUGUCUUGGCCCUUACAUAAGUACCUAGGUAGGUAUAUAGAUGUACUUCUUUGUACCUUUACAGUAUCACAUCCAUUAAUUAAUUUACCAACUGCAUGAUGCCAGAGCGUUGUUACACACAACAGUAUAUACUUACAGUAUAUAGGCUGUUAUUUUUUUCUUCUCACAUUCUGGUUAGUGCGCUAGUCGCAGUCUUUUGCCAUGUCCCUUCCUAGAUCUUGAAGAACUCUCUGUUUUCAACACCUUCUCCUAAAUUGCCUUGAGGCUAUCCCCUUCAUCACGGCGCUUUCAUUCAGGUAACUUCAGAUGGCGGCAGCAGUACCUUUGGCCGACGGGGUCUCUGAUAAUGUAGCCAGCGCACCAGAACCUUCCAGGAAAGGGCCAGCCUUCUGGUUAGUCAUCACCUCUCUCUGCCUCAUUGCCUUCACGGCAUCGCUCGAUGGGUCGAUCAUCGCCAUCGCGCUUCCGCAAAUCUCGUCUUCGCUCAACAUCGGCGACAAAUACGUCGAAGUAGCCAACUGCUUUGUAUUCGCCCAAACGGUUGUCCAGCCCGGGAUUGCACAGCUAUGUGACAUCUUCGGGCGGCGUUGGCCUAUGAUCAUUGCAGUUUGCAUAUUUGCUCUGGGCAGCGGGGUUGCGGGUGGCGCGAACAAUACCGCGACCAUAAUCGCCGGUCGCACGGUGCAAGGACUGGGAAGUGGUGGGAUCAUGCUCAUGGUGGAGUUGAUCGUUUGCGAUCUGGUGCCGUUGCGGGAAAGAGGAAAGUACCUCGGCAUCGUGCUGUCUACUGCUGCUCUUGGGUCGAUCGCGGGUCCGGUCAUCGGCGGGGCUCUUGUCGAAAGAGACUGGCGCUGGUGCUUCUAUCUCAAUCUUCCCAUUUGCGCAGUCGUUCUCCCUGUCCAAGUAUUCUUCCUUCGAAUCAAGCAUAUCACGAUCGCGUGGAGAGAUGUAGUCACGCGAGUGGACUGGAUCGGUAAUAUUGUCUUCAUCGGCUCCAUCACUUCUCUCCUCGUCGCCCUCACAUUUGGCGGGACGGUAUACCCAUGGUCCUCGUGGAGAAUCAUCCUUCCCAUCGUUUUGGGCUGCGUGGGCUGGAUAGCCUUCCACGGGUAUGAGUACUACAUCAGGGACGCGAAUGCCUGUGUGCCGCCACGUGUCUUCACCAACCGGACUUCGGUAUCAGCCUUCUACAUGAUAUUCGUCACCUCCAUGUUGCUCCAGUGGGUCUGCUUCUUCUGGCCAGUGUACUUUCUCGCCGUCCGCGGCGUAAGUCUCGUACGGACAGGUGUCGACUUCUUACCUUAUAUGUUCCUGCUCAUCCCCGGCUCCGCCAUCGCAGGCAUCGUCCUCUCAAAAACUGGUCACUACCGCCCUCUGCAUGCCGUAGGCUUCGUACUAAGCACUCUGGGGCCCGGGCUGAACACGUUGCUGAAAGAAAACACGUACGCGGGCGCAUGGGCCAUGCUCCAGAUCGUGGACGCGAUAGGCCGUGCGUUUAUCCUUCCUACGACGCUCCCCGCGAUUCUGGCAAGCCUGUCGGAAAAGGACGUCGCGGCAGCUACUGGCAUGUAUUCUUUCCUGCGUAGUUUUGGUUACGUCUGGGGAAUUACGAUUCCGGCCGUCAUAUUCAAUAACCGUUUUAGCCAACUUUCUUACCGGAUUUCGGACCCUACAGUGAGCCAGACGUUGAGCGGCGGGAGAGCGUACGAGUUUUCGACUGGGCCUUACGUUCAAACGCUGGAGCCGGGCGUAAAGUCGGAGGUUCUAGGUGUGUAUUUGGAGGCGUUGAAAGCGGUUUGGUAUGGGGCUAUGGCGUUUGGCGCUUCGGGCUUGAUCGCGGUAGCGAUUGAGAAGCACGUGCCGCUGAGGACGGAGCUGGAGACAGAAUACGGCCUUGAAACCAAAGUAGAGGAGAAGGGAACCUCCCCCAGAGCCGAGAGUGGUAGGGAAGAAGAUUCUUAUGGCGCAUAGUACAUAUCAGAAAGUCUAGUAUUUUCCUAGCCUAGUUAGAUGGGAGCUAGGAGGCCCGGCAGGGAGAUCGACCCGCAAAGGAAACGCGAAAGAAGUGGUUUGGGAGAAUAGGCUUUGUCAUAUUAUUAGGUAGAUGGUGGAAUCUGUAUCUAGGUGUGCCUACUGCUUUUAAUAAUUGUAUCAGAAGUCCUCAUGCGAUAGCGGUCGUCGCUGGCCCCUGGCAGGUCCAGCGCUGCUUGAGGUUCUGUACUUUUUAUUGAAAAAUCCUGUUAAAACUGUUAAUUCAAUGAAACCUUCAAAUAAUGCAAAUAUCUCAUACUUCAUAAUUGUAUUCAAUUGACUACCUAGUAAGCGUAUAUUUAUUUAC